CAAAACCCUAAAUCAUUACAAUCAGCAAAAUGAAAAUGCAGUAAAAACAAAAAAAAUUGAAAUCACGCUCUGGGUUUCUUCGCAUCUUUGAAAUUGUACGUAUAUCAAAAUUCAUCUGCAUCUUAAUUACUGAUCGAUCCAAGGCUUUUUUUCACCUUUUUUUUCUUCUUUGGAUUUUGGUUUGAUUGAGAAUGAAAGCAUAUUGUAGGAUUUUAAUGACAACUCAAACUUCGUAUUUCUUUGGAUUUACACGCACAAAUAAAUGUCAACAUUUAGUGCUAAAUAAUUUAUCGAAUUUUCGGAAAUUUAAUAAUUCAAUUUUCAGUUUCAAUAAGCAUUUUUCACAUUGUAAGAAAUCAUCAGUUCUUGGUUUAAAAGAUUUCAAUUGGAAGAAUUGCAAUAAAAGUGUUGUUUUUUCUUCAAGAAUUAAGCAUUUAUCAGCAUCUGUUGAAUCAAAUGUAAACGAUAAGAAUUUCGAAGACAUUUACCUUCAUGGCGGUCUUAAAAAAAAAGAGAGAAAUUUAGAAGAAGGUGGUGGGGAAAAAGGAAAAUCAAGAAAAAAUGAAAGUAAAGAUGAUAAUUCUUCAUCGUCCAAGGGUACUUCUUUCGAUGUUUUGAAGACUAGCAAUCGAGAAGAAACGAAAAUCGAAAAGGAAGCAUGGGAUUUGUUGAGGAGUUCUGUUGUGAAUUAUUGUGGAAGUCCUGUUGGGACUCUCGCUGCUAAUGAUCCUGGUGAUAAACAGCCUCUUAAUUAUGAUCAGGUUUUCAUUCGGGAUUUUGUUUCGUCGGCGCUCGCGUUUUUGCUGAAAGGAGAAGGAGAAAUUGUUAGGAAUUUUCUGCUUCAUACUUUGCAAUUGCAGAGUUGGGAGAAAACAGUGGACUGCUAUAGCCCAGGGCAAGGAUUGAUGCCUGCAAGUUUUAAAGUUAGAAGUGUGCGUGUUGAUGGAGGUAAUGGAUCAUUUCAGGAAGUUUCGGAUCCCGAUUUUGGUGAAUCAGCUAUCGGUCGCGUCGCGCCUGUUGAUUCUGGGUUGUGGUGGAUUAUCCUGUUAAGAACUUACGGAAAGAUUACUGGUGACUAUGCACUGCAAGAAAGGGUGGAUAUCCAAACAGGCAUAAAGCUGAUCUUACAUUUGUGUUUAGCCGAUGGAUUUGACAUGUUCCCUUCUUUAUUAGUUACUGAUGGCUCUUGCAUGAUUGAUCGCCGGAUGGGUAUCCAUGGCCAUCCUCUUGAAAUCCAAGCCUUGUUCUACACAGCUUUACGGAGUGCAAAAGAAUUGCUUGCCAAGGAUGAGGGAUCAAAGAAUCUUGUACAGGCCAUCAACAAUAGACUUAGCGCAUUGUCGUUUCACAUCAGAGAGUACUACUGGGUUGACAUGAAAAAAAUCAACGAAAUAUACCGUUAUAAAACCGAAGAGUACUCUCAAGAUGCAACCAACAAGUUCAACAUAUAUCCUGAGCAAAUUCCUAAAUGGCUGGUAGAUUGGGUUCCAGAGAAAGGGGGUUAUCUCAUUGGCAACCUACAGCCUGCUCACAUGGAUUUUAGGUUUUUCAUGCUCGGCAAUCUUAUGGCCAUAAUCUCGUCUUUGGGUACUCCGAAACAGAACCAAGGCAUAUUGAAUCUAAUUGAAGCUAAAUGGAACGACCUUGUGGGAAAUAUGCCUCUUAAGAUUAUUUACCCUGCAAUGAAGAAUGAAGAAUGGCGUAUAAUCACCGGCAGUGACCCGAAGAAUACUGCAUGGUCGUAUCAUAAUGGUGGAUCUUGGCCAACUCUUUUGUGGCAGUUCACAUUUGCAUGCAUCAAGAUGGGAAGAACAGAUUUAGCCGAAAAGGCAGUCUCAGUAGCUGAGAAGAGGCUCUCUUUAGAUCAGUGGCCUGAGUAUUAUGACUCACGUCAUGGAAGGUUUAUAGGGAAACAAGCACGACUCUACCAGACAUGGACGAUAGCUGGGUUCCUGGCUUCUAAAAUGCUCUUGGAGAAACCUGAUUUGGUGCCUUAUUUGAUUUGGGAGGAAGAUCCUGAGUUACUAGAGACCUGUGUUUGUGUGCUGAGCAAAAGCAGCCGCAGCAAAUGCUCCCGUACUGCCGCCAGAUCACAGGUUCUCAUGUAAGUUAUUAGCAUUACCACUAGUUUGAAGGCUUUUAUAUAGGUAUGCCUUCAAAAUGUAUAGUAACGAAGAAGGGUAAGUCGAAAUAAGAGAAGAAGCCAGCGUAGAAGAGAAUUUUCCCGCUCUACUUGUCGAUAUGAUUUACGUAUAUAUACUUAAAACAUACUGUUGUAACCGUAAGUGUUCAUGAUUUAAGGACAUGAACUCCUUUUUCUAGUUCGAUAGUUGAGACUUGAAUUUGAAAUCCAACCAAGUCUUUCCAGCAAAAUGUGAAUAUUUUACCAGUGUCAACUGUUAAGGUUGAGUUCAAAAACUACAAUUUAGUUUGUGUUAUCUUCCGGUUUAGCCAUCAUGUACUUGUUGGAAAACGAUUAAUAAAAAAAUAAUUUUUUAAAGUUUUAA